AUGUCUGCUCUACAUCAGCGUCGAGCACCCGCCGUUCGCGAGGCAUCCACAUCUAGCAUCGAAGAAGAUCGCAAGAUUUCUGGUUCCUGGCAUCAGUCUGCUUCUCCUUCAUCGCCUUGCUCCCCUUCCUUUUCUCUCCCUGCUACUAGCUCUCGACCUCCGCUCAGCGUCAACAUCUCUUCGCCCAACACCUCUUCAUCCAACACCUCCGACUCCAAAGACAAGAACAACGGCAAACGAGGUCACAUCCAAAAGCACGAAAAGAUCGAACGCAUCGGUCUCCUUCGUGGCUCAUCCUACGUCAAAUCCACCGACAAAGAUUGCGUCCCCCAACACGAGCUGACCACCUCCAUCGGACUCCAAGACGAUUCCGUUUACGAUGCAUACCUUCCACCUCCUGUCGCUUUCUUGCGUCGUCUCAUCGUAGCAGUCUUGCGCAAGGAAGCGUCGCUACACGAGCGACAUCAGAAUUUCAUGCGUAGACCAUGGCUAGAUCGAUAUUUCGUCAACACAUCCCUGCUGGGGACGCAUAGUUUCUUCCUCGUCUUCUUGCCGAUGAUCUUCUGGUUGGGAGACCCGAGGUUCGGUCGUGGAAUGAUCAACGUUUUGGCUUUUGGAGUGUAUCUUUCUUCUGCGAUCAAGGAUCUUUUCUGCCUUCCUCGGCCUUACUCUCCCCCAGUAACGCGUCUAACGGUGGGUACGCAUCAUUUGGAGUAUGGAUUCCCAUCAACACACUCAACCAACAGUGUCAGCAUCGCACUUUACAUCUACCUUUGGAUUCGAAAACUUCGCCAAAUCACCCCUGUAGAAUCUAUCGGCAUCUUCUCCUCUCCACUCUGGGAAGCAGGUCUCUUAUUCUACGCAACCAGCGUUGUCUAUGGGCGCAUCUACGCCGGUAUGCAUUCGAUCAUCGACUGUAUUGCCGGCUCAGCAUUGGGUGCAGCCAUCACGGCGGUACAAUGGGCAUGCUUUGACCAGAUCGAAGAGUUUUUCCAGAUCAACAGUUGGACUGUUCCAAUCGCAGUAAUCCCAGCUGGGUUGUUGAUGGUUUCGGUUCAUCCACAACCAGUCGAUGACUGCCCGUGCUUCGAAGACGCCAUUGCCUUUAUCUCUGUUGCUAUGGGCGUAGGUCUAGCGCGAUGGAGUGGAAUCCGGUUCGGGAUCACACUCAAUACCGAUCCCACCUUGCACCCUUUCCAAGGCCCGAGCGGUGCUUUGGCAGGGUUAGAAACUCGCAGCUUUAACGCAACCAGCAUCGACAGAGAGCCUCUAAUCCAGAUCCCGAUCGCGGGGGUGUGGGAGAGAUGGAUUAAGAAUGGUCUAAUUAUGGUGUUCGGUUUAGUCAACGUGCUAUUGUUGAGGGUAAUUGUGAAGACGGCGUGUAAAGUGAUACUUCCGCCGACGUUCAGGUUGGUGGAUGAGUUGAUCGGGUUCAGUCUGCCGAGAAGACAUUAUACACCGGCGAGCGAUUAUAACAAGAUCCCACUGAAGGAUCUAAGCGCGGUUCCGUCGGUGAUCGAUUUGCCCAGUCAAAUUAUUGUUACUGAUGAAAGUGGGAAUGAGCAGACGAUUCAGUCCCCGCUUACUUCGCCGCUGGGUAGUAGGAGGGCUAGUGCGAUUGCGAUGGGUGGAGCCGGAGGAGCAUCAAGCCCGUCUUCUGUUUCAAGUGCAUUGUUGGCGAGGUCACCGAUACAUUCACCUGUUCUGUCGAGAACUCCGAGUCCGAAUCCACUGGAGAUGCGACGUGCGUUGGGUGGCGGAUCGGCAGUGGGCAAGAGAAAGAUUCAAUUCACGAUUGGUGGCGGAAGUGCGGAUGAUGCGAUCGAGGAUACAGUAGCUGAACGAGGGGCUCAGGAUCUGCCUAUUCCGUUAACGCAAAGCAAGGCACAUCCGAACUUUGUAGCGCCUGAUGAACAGGUAGCGAAGAAUUUGGCAGCUGAUAUCAAACGUACUACCCCGACCGAGGUGGAGAAAGAGGUCAAACAUUAUGAUGCCGAUGUGUUGACCAAAGUGAUAGUGUAUACCAAUAUUGGGUUGUUCUCUGCUGGAUUGAUUCCGGCUUUGUUCGAGAGGUUAGGUCUUUGCUAA